CCUGCACGAGCGCAGAAUUCUUUCUUUGAAAAUUGCGUGAGUCUGGAAUACCACCUCGAGCACUUGUCGUGCCAGGUUGCUUCCUUUGGCGGAGAAAGCAAACAUUCCUAAUUCGCCCCUAUCGGAUAUGCUUCCUCAAUUUUGUGGGCUUCUCUGACGCACCAUCGUACAUGUCGACAAGUAUAUACUGGACUCCGAGCUGUAUAUAUUCUCUCUCCGGCACCAGCAGGUCUUGUGUUACCGGAGAAGCUUCCACGGAGCUUCGUCAUUUAAGGUGCUCUUCAGCCUCGAAGCAAUUGUCUCGCACUGCUAUACCUUCACUCUCUGACUCAUUUUCGUUUGUUCACUCACAAUGAGGGCUACCAAUUUUAUCUGGACGCUUGCUUUGGCACUGGCAGUUCAAGCACAACAACUAUCUCCGUGCGCGACAACAUGCUUGCAGACAUCUAUGUCUCACAACACCACUUGCGGGCCUACAGACAUCCCAUGUAUCUGUUCGGAUACAGGCUUGCAAUCUGCCAUCGAAGUCUGCGUCCUCUCAACAUGCACAAUCAAAGAGGCUCUAGUGGCCAAAAACUCCAGCAUGACCCUUUGUGGAGCACCCAUCCGCGACCUGACAGCCAUAACACCCAUCGUCACCGGCGUGUCUGGCGGUCUUGCCGUCAUCGCUGUCUCAGUACGCACAUUCUCCGUUGGUAACAUGAUCCACGCCGACACUGUGUGCGCCAUCAUCGCCAUCUUAUCCGCUUUUCCGAUGGGCGUCCUCGAGAUGAUCAUGUCCCACGACGGCUUUGGACGCGACAUAUGGACCCUUACUCCCGAUAAGAUCACACGUAUCGUAAAAUUCACCUGGCUCACGGAGAUCUUCUAUUUUAUCGCUGUGGCAUUUACCAAGAUGUCAUUCCUGUUCCUGUAUUUGCGCAUCUUUCCGGCGCAGCAUAUCCGGCGGGUUGUGCAUGUCCUGAUUGGAUUCUGUAUUGCGUACGGCUUGAGCUUUACCAUCGCCUGUAUCUUGAAUUGCUUGCCGGUCACGUAUAUCUGGAACAAAUGGCACGGAGAGACCACUGGGACUUGCAUCAACUUUAACGGAUUUGCGUGGGCGCAUGCGGCCAUCAAUAUCGCGAGUGAUCUGAUCAUUCUCUGUCUGCCUAUCCCGGAACUGCUCAAGUUGAGCAUGAACAAGAAGAAGAAGUUCUAUGUCAUCAUCAUGUUCAGCAUGGGCUUCUUCAUCACUAUCGUCAGUAUCAUUCGCCUGCGAUCUCUCAUCAUCUUCGCCACCACUCCAAACCCUACCUACGACGCCGUACCCACUGCAUACUGGUCCGUGCUCGAGUGCUAUGUUGGUAUCAUCUGCGUCUGUCUUCCGUCCAUCCGCGUGCUGCUUAGCCGCGUGCUGCCCUCCAUCUUCGCCUCUACGCAGCCCGAAUACGAGUACUCGGACACUCCAAUCAAGAGCUCUCGCAAGAAACCUUCGCAACUCACCGAUUUCAGUAUUACGAAGACCAUCGAUGCGACUGUUACGAGCGUGCCGCGCGGUGAUGGCGAGCGGUUUGGUGGAGCCGGAUUUGUGAAUGAAAGAACGUAUGGGAACAAUUACGGAGGGGUAUAUGGCGAGGAUGGGCUGCAGCUUGUAGAGUUCGAUGGAGUGAAGAAGGCGUUCGAGGGCAAGGGAGAGAAGGGCGACAAGGGCGAGGGAACGAUCAGUCUGGGCGACCAGGCAAGUCGGCGGAGCAGCCAGGGAGCUACGGAGGAGGAAAUAAGGAAAUUGUGAGUGUUGUGGACGGAGAACUCGCGCAACUUGCCUCAUGAGUUACGGCCGUCAUGACUACAGAACUUGUAUUUCAAUUGUGUAUAUGCGCCGCCUUGAAUUGCGCGCAGACACCCCCUUUGUACUAUAUGCCUAACGGCCUACCUGGAAUGGAAGACAAAACGUAAAAUAAUUGUUUAUUGAGUUAUGAUAUUUUUACUGUAGAGACAGAAGGCGGCUCACGGAUGCCCUCAUCAUCAAUACUAUCC